UGGUUUAUUGGCCGCCGCACGAGCCGUGUGCUCUUCCCCAGCCUCCGCGCCGGGCUGCGCUCGCGUUAAUUUCGUAGCACCGGCGACAUGAAGACCUCAUACCUCCGGACAACUGGGGGCCCGUGUUGGAAGAUCUAAGAUGAAGUUAUGGGAUGUUGUGGCUGUCUGCGUGGUGCUGCUCAACACGGUCUCCACCUCGCCCCUGCCCACCGGUAAGACGCCUCCCGAGGGGCCCCCUUCAGUGCUAGAGGGGCCUGAAGACGAUCUCUCCCCCAUCAGCCUGCCGCCUCCCUAUGCUGUGCACAGUGACUCUAAUAUGCCAGAGGAUUAUCCAGAUCAGUUUGAUGAGGUAGUGGACUUUAUUCAAGCCACUAUUAAAAGACUGAGGAGGUCACCAGAUAAACAAACUCCAAUUUUUUCUAGGCGGGAGAGAAAUCGGCAAAAUGCAGCCACAAACGUAGAGAAUUCCAGCAAAAAGGGAAGGAAGAAUCACAAGGGCAAAAAUCGAGGAUGUGUCUUAACAGAAAUACAUUUAAACGUGACUGACUUGGAUUUGGGUUAUGAAACCAAAGAAGAGCUAAUUUUCCGGUAUUGCAGUGGAUCUUGUGAUGCAGCCGAGACCACGUAUGACAAAAUUCUAAAAAAUUUAUCCAGAAAGAAAAAAAUAGUCAAUGACAAAGUGAGGCAAGCUUGUUGCAGACCCACAGCCUUUGAUGAUGACCUGUCAUUUUUGGACGAUAACUUGGUUUACCAUAUACUGAAAAAACAUUCCGCAAAACGGUGUGGAUGCGUCUGACUUGUGCUUUGGAGAUUGCUCCAGUAUUGCAUUCCUGCUACAAUGCAAAGAGAGGGACCAAGGUUCCCAAGGAAACAUCUGCUCGGAACGGAGAAAAGAGGACCAAGAACGCAGAACAAGUGGUCAUGAGAGCUCGGGGGGCAUGAGGCAGAGUAGAAAAACGGAGGCUCUUUAAGUCCGAUCGGAAAGUAAAUAAAGGCUCAGGUGGCGUUCCCGACGGUUGGAUGGCAUGUGCACUCUCUUUCCUGUUUGACACAGUCUGCCAUCGGUGAGACUUGGAUCCAUGAGGAACGUGCUUAAAAACACAACCCUUCACUGCCCUGUUGUGUUGUAGCUUUCACCGUCCGUCCUGGGAGCUUGCCCAAGGAGCAAGCUUGCUCAUCAGCUGUGCCAUCAGCUUCGCUACUGCUCAUCGGAGCACUUAGGACAACUUUUAAAUUAUAGUAAGAUUAAUCUCAUAAGAAAGGUGAUAUCAGGCAAAUAUCAAAGCUCAUAGGCUCAAGGUCUCUAGGGCCGGUGUCAACAGAAAGCAGAACAGUUCCACUUACUGGUUAAGUCUGGUUAUUUCCAUCUCAUAUUUCUU